GGAAGAAAAGAAAUAAGACAAUCACAACAAAUUGUAAGAAGUUUAACUUGUUUGUCAGACCAAGCAAUAAGAGUUGAAGAUAGAGCAUCAUCAAGUUCCACUUCCACCUUCCAGAGUUAGCAAACUGACCCAAAGAAUAGAAUCAUGUACCAUCAUCACCAACACCAAGGAAAGAACAUCCAUUCUUCUUCUUCCAGAAUGCCAAUCUCGGCUGAGAGGCACAUGUUCCUUCAAACUGGAAAUGGCUCUGGUGAUUCUGGACUCGUCCUCUCUACUGAUGCUAAGCCCAGAUUGAAAUGGACAGCAGAUCUUCAUGCCAGGUUUAUAGAAGCGGUCAAUCAGCUAGGUGGAGCUGACAAAGCAACUCCGAAGACAGUAAUGAAACUCAUGGGAAUUCCAGGGCUUACUUUGUAUCAUCUAAAGAGCCAUCUUCAGAAGUAUAGAUUGAGCAAGAAUCUGCAUGGACAAAGUAACAACGUGACACACAAAAUCACAACUAAUGCAGGUGCAGCAACGGCAGAAAGACUUUCUGAAACAAGUGGAACACAUAUGAAUAAUUUAAGCCUCGGGCCACAAGCUAACAAAGAUUUACACAUAAGCGAGGCCCUGCAGAUGCAGAUUGAGGUGCAGAGAAGGCUAAAUGAACAACUUGAGGUGCAGAGACACUUGCAGCUUCGCAUAGAGGCCCAAGGGAAAUACCUGCAGGCUGUGCUUGAGAAAGCUCAAGAAACACUUGGUAGACAGAAUUUGGGGGUAGUGGGACUUGAAGCAGCCAAAGUUCAACUCUCAGAACUUGUGUCCAAAGUAUCCUCUCAGUGCUUGAGUUCUGCCUUUUCAGAACUGAAGGAACUACAAGGAUUCUGCCCACAGCAAACACAAAACAACCAGCCAACCGACUGCUCAAUGGACAGCUGCCUCACAUCCUGCGAUGGAUCUCAAAAGGAUCAAGAAAUACAAAAUGCAGGGAUGGGCUUACGAUCCUUCAAUGGACAUUCAUUCAUGGAAAGAAAGGGAGCCAUGGAAGCACCCAUCUUAAGGAACUCUGAACUCAAGUGGUGUGAUGAAGUGAAAAGGAACAGCACCUUUCUGAGCAAUUCUUUGGGUAAGAGUGCGGAAAGAAGAGGUUACGCUGCCGAAAGAAGUCCCAGCGACUUAUCUAUGAGCAUCGGACUUGAACGAGAAACCGAGAAUAACGGAAGCAGCAUGUAUCCUGAGAGACUAAUGAUGGGGAGAGAGUCAGGUGGUGAGUUCCAACACCGAAACGCAAGUAAACAAGAAUCAAUAAAACCACUGGAAGAAAAGGUACCUCAGGAGUAUAGAUUGCCUUACUUCGCAACAUCAAGACUGGACCUCAACACCCGUGAAGAAACCGAUGCUGCGGUGAGCUGCAAACAACUGGAUUUGAAUGGACUCAGCUGGAGCUGAAAAACAUUGGAAUAGAAAUCCAUGUAUUGAUUCUUACAGUGCGAGCCACCUGCUCUUUGCUUCAGUCCAAGCGUUGAACAGUUGAAAUAUGAGUUAUUUUUAGCAUAGUAUUUAAAAAUAAGUUGCAACAACAAA